AUGCCACGACGUCGUCAGCCUGCCGUUGGUAUUCGCCUGUUGCAAUGUGGACUGUCAUGGAAGGAGCGUCGCAGCUUUGCUUCGACUAGCCCAUCACAGGGACCGCUACAACGUAAGACUUCAGACGAAGGCACUCUGCUGGCCCGGCUCAACACGCUGCCCAACAUCCUCACACUUUCGCGCAUUGCAUCGUGCCCUCUGCUAGGAUAUUUCAUCAUACAAGGCGACUUGAAUAUACUCGAUCCUGCUGCCGACAAGAUCCUCAUGACCACACUCGUCGUAUCGCUGACCGCACGCGGACUGUUACCCGCGCCACUGGCUUUUCUCAUCCUCGGACGCGACAUUGCACUCGCGCUGCGAUCAUUCUACUAUCGCUGGCAGACGCUCGCGCCUCCGCGGACUUUCAGGCGAUAUUGGGAUCUCUCGAAGCCCUUUGCCGAGAUUAAGCCAACGCAAAUCAGCAAGUACAACACCGUACUUCAGCUGCUGCUCAUGGGCGUCACAACUAUCCACCCUCUGCUGCCGUACGACAUUGCUUCGCCUCUCUUGGCCUUCCAAUGGCUCGUUGCGGUCACGACGGUGUGGUCGGGCGUAUCAUAUGUCUUUGCGAGCAAUACCGUCAGGCGACUGUGAUGCAUCUACAACUGCG